UCACACACAAACAAGAAACAGUUCGCUGGUGAUUACUGCCGGAUGGUUCAAACUACGUGGAUUUUCUUCUUCGUAGCUCACUUUUAUCACAAUGUCUCAGGACCCCUGGUUACAGGACUAUGAUGCCACUUGUCGCUUGGCACAGGAAAUUGCCGAAAACAUCCAUGAACGGAACAGGCAGCAGAGAACGGGGGGAAACCCAGCAAAGAUCAACAUGACACUUCGGGCAUCGCUGCAGAAGCUCAAACAAAAUAUCGGCCAGCUCAAAGAUGGUGUGUUGCGAGCGUCGUCAUCUCGCCGCAUCAUGCAGUCAGAAGCGGAUAGGAGGCAGAACCUCAUUGACGACCUGCUCACCAGAGACAGGCAGCUCAAUGCCUCCUUCAAGGGAGACGUCACAGAGUCCGAGCCCUCCAGAUAUACAUUGAUGGCUGAAGGUGCGGGAGGAAGUCGAGACGCAGCAAACCCCUGGCUGAUCAACGAGACGGACGAGACCAGAGGGCUGGGCUUUGGAGAGAUCAAACAGCAUCAACAAAGAAUCAUUGAAGCUCAGGAUGCGGGCUUGGACGCACUAGCCGCCGUCAUCAGCCGGCAAAAGAUGAUGGGCCAGGAGAUUGGCAACGAGCUGGAUGAACAGAAUGAAAUCAUAGACGACCUUUCACAUCUCGUGGACAAGACAGACGACAGGAUUCGAAAUGAGACACGGAGGGUGAAGCUGGUGGAGACAAAGUCAGCCUCCUGUGGUAUGAUGGUCGUGAUCGUCCUGCUCCUUAUAGCCAUCAUCGUGAUCGCUGUGUGGCCCGUGUAGCUGAAGAGGACAGCGGCGGUCGUGGACACGGCAAUCCCUACACUUUGGUUGCAGAAUCCUACUUUUAAACCUCGUGCACAUGUACAGACAUUCUUUUAAUCCCGAUCUCUAGUCGGGUUUUUAUUUCCCAUUCUCUCUCUUCACAUUGAGACACAAAGGUUGUGAAUGAUUUCCCGACAGAGGCGAUGUGAAAAAACUCCUUUAGCGGCACGGUACCAUGUGCCUGGUGACAUCAACAAUCAUUUGGGUGAAAGGCAAAGAAAUAACUUCUGUGUAAACUGUCUUCUUUAUAGGUGUCAUUAAACUGAAAAUGUAUGAAUUAGUCAAACUGUUUGGAGGUUUUUUAAACCCCUCUGAUCCUGGACUGUGGUGAAUGUUGACCCAGGAGUAGGACCUCCCGCAGGCAGCAGGAGCGUUCCCCUCAUAAGUCUGACUGUGGUCUGUCUGAGGCUCACCCUGCCAACAGUCAUUCUGCAAGCUUUGCAAUACUCACACUCACUUCUAUUUACUCAUGCAUUACUGUAGCAGCUGUAAUGUUAUCAUUUGUCUUCAGAUUUUACAGAGUUUAUAGAACAGCUCUCAGCCAAAACAAGCAGCUCGGCUGUGUGACUAACAUGGCUCUCUUGUCCUUCGUUGUAAAUCAGCUCGGCUCGUAAUUUCUAAUAAAGAUCAUUUCUAGUUAAAAGUC